AUGGUAUAUAUAGAUCGUUGGGAGAGCAUGCUCUUCACAUUGGUUUUGGAGUUAUUUUGCGGUGUUUUUCUUUUUGGGCAGAUGGUUGAGACUGCCAAAAAUAAGCAGGCUUUAGCUAAAACUACCAGGAGGACACCCGCGACCACGACCGAAUCUACAUUACAAGUAAUCAAUUUCGACAUCUUGGGUAUCAAUGGGACUUGGAAGACUGAGUUUACCUAUUGUGGGAACAGCGGGACUGCGAAAAUUCGCCGUGAUUUCAGAAGGGCUAGGAAUAUAUUUCAAGCAUUCAUGAAAAGAGCCAUAAUAGACGCUGCCAAAAAACAGUCAAUAAACCCUAAAGAGCUGAACAUUGAGAUCCCCUAUUGGCCAGUCAGAUGCUGCGUUGGAGGGGAGUCCACUGCAUGUUAUACAAAGGACGUACCCAGCGGAAAAUCUAAGGAGGACAUAAAGGUCCUGAGCAACAACCAUGUUCAAGUCUGGGGGAAAAUCAGAGCGAGCCCUUCUGUUCGAAUGACCGAGAAAAGAUGGCGACAAUUGCUUGACCAUGUUGAGAAGUAUCUCAAGCUUAAAUCUUCAACUUUCGCAACUGUGUCCUUAUCGAUGGAUUGACUGUAAAUUUGGCAUUCACUUGCGAUAAACGUUGAACAUAAGU